AUGUCGAAUCAUCGCUCGCCUCAUAAGUCCACCGUCGACGUACACACCAAGUUCAAAAUGACGAUUGUCGGCCAUUGCGGUCCAGUCUAUAGCUAUGCAAGUGCCCUAGAUAUUUGCGCAAUUUCGCUGAACACCUUCGGCUUUUUGGCAAAUCUCACUAUUACUGUUCUUCUCUUCCUACUUCACUCUAAGAAGUUCAAAAGCCUGACCCUUCUUCGAGUCCUGUCCUCCGGCUGUUUAGCUUUCUCGCUUAUUAGCCUUAUUGAAGAAGUUGUUGGCCUUAACCCCAACAGCGGCAACGUCUACAUUGAUGGCCUGAUAUGCAUUGUAUGGAGUACUCGUUUCCUCUUCUAGGCCUCCGAGAUGCUGCAAAUUAGGAAUUAUCCCAUUACCACGGAGAAACAGCGGCUCACGACAUACAUGCUCCUGGUCUUCCUGGGCAGUUUCAUCGGGGGGCUGCCUCAGUUGCUGCUAGCAUUUCCGCUUAGGGAUGAAUGCGCCUGUGCUCCAUUUCCCGAAAACUUUGUCAUCUUAACAGUGCUGUAUGCUCACGCUUUUCUGUGGACCGCUAUUACCCGAAUCAUUUAUCCCGCAGUUCUAGUCUAUAUCAGCAUUGCUUUGAUUCUACGCUUGUGGAAAUCAGAAGGAGGCGUUAUUGCAGAUGAUCUUGACGCACUUCACUUCCUGAAUCCGCAAGCCUUCCCAACAUCCACAACCACCACGGCGACACCUGCGCUGCCAGUGGCCUCCUCGACUUACUCUGGUCUUCGUGACAGUAGUAGAACUACUGCUGGGGUUGUUGCGAUAUCGGGCUAUAAAGUUGAUCUACAUGCCUGGUCGGCUUCCUUUUGCAUCGUACCUCUGAGCGCUGCCUGCCUGGUAGGCAACGCCUUCGAGUGGGUUCAGCAAUUUCUGAGUGCGGCUGGUGUUUUGAACUACAGCCUGCGCAGUCCAGCUCAACAGUUCAGUGUAACAUUGGUUAGCCUGUUUACCGCGCUGGUGCCACUUAUCCUCUUUUCCACAUCCCCGCGAUGCGGUCGCUGA